AUGAGAAUAUGGGCGUUUGACCGGCUCGGAGGUAUCGCAUCCGAACAUUUCGAUAUCAACGAGGAUGGGCUCCAGCUUAUAUCAACUAUCCUAGGGUUUCUAUGGAUGAGCGAGGCAGACUGUGGGUUUGAUCCCACAAUAACAAUGCAAAAUGGCCGGCAAAUCAUCGAGAUAGAACGGAACGGCCAGACUGAAAGGCUCAUCCUUGAUAGCUUGAUGAAACGCGCACCCUGCAUCGCGGGUCGAGCAACAACAUGCUGGAAAGCGUAUCUUGAGGCGGACCCCCGGACUUCGCUCGUUGUCAAAGACUCUUGGCAAUAUACAGAACGCGAUGAAGAAGGUGAGCUCCUUAAAGAAGCCACCGAAAGAGGUGUGGCAAACGUCUCGAGGUAUUAUCAUCAUUUAACUGUUUACGUCCGGGGUAAGGCUGAUGGUGUCCGGGACAAUGUUCGAGGCGGCUUGGACAUUAGGACAGAAACUAUCGGCCCGAACGAUUGGCGCUCUCGAUUGACACAAGCGCAUCUGAUGCUCCGCGACAGGGUCGUAACAGCGGCAGGACCGGCACGAAACGCUCUUCUAGCCAAACAGGUGCUUCUCUACCACCUAGUAAGCGAUCCUGCUCGGCAUCUCCAAUCAAAAUAUCCAACAAUCUACUGCCAAAUCGAGUCCAUCGGCGUAUCAUCCUGUGCGACUUUGGCAAACCAAUUUAUAAGGCAAGCACUCCCACUGAUCCGCUCACUGAGCACUCUGACUUGCUCACUCAGCACGACCUGA